AUGACAGCUUUGGAUUGGCAAAGCAUCCCGAACUGCUCGGAUCAUCUCAAAUGGUAUCAGAACAAAGGUCAAAUGAAGCUCAAUUUCUUUCUGAGUGUGAUUUUUGUCGGCAUGGUUCUUAACGGCUACGACGGUUCGCUCAUCUCUGGCCUCCAAGCGUCCGACGCCUGGCAAGAAGACCUCGGCUACCCCACUGGCGUUCGGCUCGGUAUGCUCAACGCUGUCGGGUUCAUUGCUGGUCUGGUUGUUGGACCGAUCAUCACCUACAUUGAUGAGACAUGGGGACGACGAUGGGGUAUCCGAUUCUACGGCGUGACUAUGCUCAUUGGAUCUAUCAUUGGAUGUAUUGCUGGAGUCUCCGGGGCGAAUGGUUACGCUCUCUUCAUCGCCGGCCGCUGCAUCAUCGGCCUCGGUCUCGCCUCUUUCCUCCUGACCAGCCUCAUCGUCGUCCAAGAGAUCACCCACCCCCGAAGUCGAGCCACCAUCGCCGCCUCCUGGGACUCUUACUGGAUCCUCGGCGCCGUCAUCGCUGCCUGGGUUAUCUUCGGCUGUACAGGCUACAUGACCUCCUCCUGGUCCUGGCGUAUCCCAUACAUCAUCCAAGUCCCCGUCGCCCUCUACAUGGUCGUUGUCGUCCAGUUCAUCCCCGAAACACCUCGUUUCUUGCUGGCCCAAGGCCGGGACGAGGAAGCGUUUGAAUUUCUGGUCACUUAUCACGGGAAUGGGGAUAGGCAGGAUGCGCUGGUGUUGUUUGAGUUUGCGGAGAUGAAGGAGGCGAUCAGGAGGGAGAAGGAGGCGAAAGCGGAGAGGUGGGGUGUCAUUUUGAAGAGUCCUGCGAAUAGGCAUAGGCUCGGGUUGGCCAUGCUCAUGACCUUUCUCACUGCCAUGUCUGGCUCAUCCAUCAUCUACUACUACUACACCACCGUCUUCGACUCUGUCGGCAUCACCGACGCUACCACUCAAACAGGUAUCAACGCCGGUCUCUCCUUCUUCACCUGGUUUUGCCAGCUUGGAGCGGUAUGGGUUGGAAGAUACGUCGGCCGCCGCAAGAUCCUGCUUUGGGUCUGGCCUACUCUGCUAGCGAGUCUUGUCGGGCUCUGCGCGGCGAGUGGAGUAUAUGCCAAUACGGAGGGAGGUAAUAUACAUGCUGGGAUAGCGACGGUGGCGCUGGUCUGGGUGUAUCUUGGGUUUUUCAAUGCUGCCAACCCUGUACUCUACUCUUACCCUGCGGAGGUGCAAACGUUCUCCAUGCGAAGUAAAGGUCUCCUCGUAUGGAACACUGUCCAACAAUUCGAAGGCGCCUAUACGACCUUUGUCGACGCCGUCGCUCUCGACUCUAUUGGGUGGAAAUACUAUGCUGUCUAUAUGCCGCUUGUCGUCAUUCAGUGGAUCCUGACAUAUUACUAUAUGGUGGAGACGAAGGGAUACACGCUGGAAGAGAUCUCCCAGGCUUUUGAUAGCAAGACACAUCUCGUCUCUGUUGAUGUGUUACCUGUCAGUGAGCAUGAGGGGCGUGAGGAAGAGAUUGAAAAGUAA